AUGGCAGCAGCACUUCAUUCACCGUCGAGGGAAUUCCGGCGCCUCACCAUAUCUUUAAAAGUUGGAGCAUUGAAGUGCCUAGUUUUAGGGGCUCUAACAAUACUGUGCCUUUUCCAGGUAGUCUCCUGCGUGCGACACCCUGCGACUAGUCAACUCGAGGUGCGAGGAUCUGGUGACGCUCCUUUUCGCAUGGGAGGUUUUGACGGGGAAAUGCAUGAGGAGGUGUCUAGGCUUAUGCAGCACCAAUUAGCACAACUGGAAAGGCAAGAAGCCCUUGAAGCGAUAGCAGAGCCUUAUCUACAUCGGAAGCCUACAGGACGAGCCUCGAUGCUGCUCCAAGCAGCUAGAGGGGAAGCAGCCUAUGGAGUUCCGCCAGAAGGGCCGAUGAACAGCAUGAUGGACUUUGGGUCUCUUCUUGCAGGGGAGCCACAAGACGUCGCUGAGAUGAAUCCUGGCGUGUCCACACAAGUUGCAGAUAUGGACGGACUGGGAGGCCCAAUGACUGUAGACAGGGCACCCUAUUCCUUUCUUAAUUGGGGCCAAAUAGGCGGCAUGAUGCAAAAUCCGGCAUUAGCUCACACAGGCAUGCCAGUGUAUAUGCCUCGCCAGGUCGUGGGCACAACUGUGGGGCUCGACUUCGACUCUCCCGCAACAUUUCACGGGCCUCUCCUCGUUUUACUGAUGGUCUGUAUCCUUAUCUUCUUUGUGGUCAUGCUACUUUGUUGUUGGAUGGUCAAGAGCAAACGGAAGCAUGACAAAUACAUGGCUGAGAAGCUUCCGCGGUAG